CCAUCGGCGUUAAUGCAAAAACUUACAGCACAAGUCAAAUAAUUCAACAUUCCGGCUCUCCAUUUUCCUUCAAAUUUUCAUUUUCUUUAGCCCGACAGUAGAGAGAUUCCAGCUAAAAGAAGAGAGCCCCCUUUUCCCUUUACUCAUUUCACGACCAUCUCGUCUCUCCCUUCACUUCCUCCCGCUCUAUUUUUAUCUUUUAUUUUAUGUUUCUCAGUGAAGCAUACUUUCAAACAGUUUACAUUCUUCAAUAGUUUCAAUGUCACUCAUUCUAGAUCCAGCCCUUUGAUAAAAAAGAAGAAGAACCCAAAUCCAAUUUCUCUGGACUCGUGAGAAUUUAAAACACGAACAAAAGAAAAAUGGGUGGUUUGAGGGAGUCAUGGUGUUUUUGCAAAGGAGUAAGCAAGACGGAAAGAAUGAAGGGCACCAUUUUCUCAAGUAAAGCUCCGGCAAUGGCCAGAAUCACUGGCGCCGCCGCUGAUGGAAUCUCUGUUACCGGAUUCCUCAUCCACCGGAAUCUUCUCUUAACUACUCACGUUAACCUCCCUUCCGUAGCUGCUGCUGAGAGCUCCGAGAUCCGGCUCCAAAACGGCGUUGCUGCCACUCUCGUACCUCAAAGGUUUUUCAUUACCAGUUCUGUUUUAGAUCUAACAAUAGUGGGCUUAGAUGCCGUGGAUGGAGAAUCAAAUACCCAGGGGCACCAACCUCAUUACUUGAAGACGUGUUCUAAACCGAAUUUAUAUCUAGGAAGUGCCGUUUACCUUCUAGGUUACACCGAGAAACAAGAAGUGACAGUAGGUGAAGGAAAGGUGGUGAUUGCCACGGACAAUCUCAUAAAACUGUCAACCGACGGAAUAACAUGGAACCCUGGCUCAGCCGGAUUUGAUUCACAUGGGAACCUUGCAUUCAUGAUCUGUGAUCCUAUGAAGCUAGCUACCUCUCCUAAUACCAAGUCAUCUGGGACUUCUUCUUCAUCCUCAUCGUCAUGGAAGAAAGAUACACCUAUGCAGUUCGGUAUUCCCAUACCCGUCAUUUGCGAUUGGUUAAACCAACAUUGGGAAGGAAGUCUUGAUGAAGUUACCAAACCCAAGCUACCAAUUAUUAGAUUGAUGUCUUCAGGCCAGAAGAGUGAGCAUUCUUCUGCAUCCUUUACAAUGCGCCAGGUUUUCAAGUCAACAGGAGACGAUAAUGACAUAACACCAUCUUCAUCAAAUGUAAUCACGAAAACUAGGGAUCAACCAGGACCCAGCUCUUCUGCUGCAGUGAACACUAUUGAAGAAGAGACGCCAUGUUCUGAUCCACAUGCUGCGCAUGUGCAAGGAAUUCCAACUCCUGAAAUAUAUGAAUCCCCAAAGCUGACAUCAGUCCCUCUUAGGAAGAAAGAGACCACCCCAGUCCAGCUUUUGAAUAUAAAUUUUCCUCCGAGGGUUGUGAAAACUGCUAUCGUUUUGGAGCCUGCCAAACAACAGCUUCUGAAUUCAGAUGAGAAUGCUUUGAAGGAGCUUCCACCAGAAAGCCCAUUGAUUGAAGAAGAUCAAAUCAAGAAUAGAGUACAGAUAAGUCCUAGUGAGGAUGCUGAUGUUGCCUCGAUGGCAUCUGUAAAUGGGGCUCAGAGUGAGGUCCAGUCUAGUUCAUCUCCAGUUGAACAACGUCUGGAGAUGUAUCAUGGGUACAGCAGUGAGGGGGAGACCAUGUACUCUGCCGAAACUGCUGAGAGUCGAAACUACACAAGUCCUAGAGAAGGGAAGUUACAGCAAGUGGGAAGGAGCCAGAGCUGUGUGGGUUACACAAGAUGGGGAGCAGUUCAAAGAAAUCCAGUGGCUCGCAGGGCAUUGCUAGAAAAGCAGAGGAGCUUUAUACAUGGAAAGAAGACUUACUCACAAGGGGCAACUUCUCAAAGAAGUAACGACUACUUCAGCCCAACAGUUUCCUCAAUCAUGAAGAAAAGAAACAACCCAGAGCAGCCACCAAGCAAACCACGCCAAAGCAUCGUUCAUUCAUCCCCAAGAUGGCAUUGAUGAGUAUGAUACGGAAAUGAGGCCACCAAGCUAACAACAAAUAUAUAGAUGUUUACACUCCUCUAUAAAAGAAAAUGCCUUUUAUUAUUUGCAUAUAGUGCAAACUAAUUUGUCAUGACACUGUGCAGACUGAUUCAAGAUGAAAAAGAAAAGAUUCAGCUACCGUACCAUGUAGUUCUUA